AAAUGGCGGAGUGCUCCUAUGCUCGCUGUGUUCAGGAGCGCCGAGCAAUCAAAAAAGAGCUGCAAAGAUGGACGAAGAAUAUGGUUUUCGUAGUAGGUUUGGAACGGGUAGCGGAGGAGUUAAUGGGAAGAAGGAAAUGGAAACAUUAUCAGGAGUCAGUUUUGAGAAGUAGACCGCAAGCAGACAUAGAACCCAGCAACAGUGAUUGGCAAGUUGAAGACAAAUGUUGCUUUUGCGACGGUGGGAUGUUCCUAAGACCAGCAACAAGUCCACAGUCAGACAGCUGCAGUAGUUCCAACAGCCACAGCAGUUUUCACGAAACUCAGUCGACAGUAGCAGCAGACAAUUCACCUCCCAGGCUGGCGAUGACAACACUCGAACCGGUCACAUCGCUGGCCGCGUCGCUGGCAGCUAUCCCGACCUACAGCCCGGGACCCGCACAGGGCCAGAGCCAGGGGCACUCCGCAAUGGCAACCACCCCUCCAGCAGGCCUCUCUCUCUACCCCGCAGUAGCACGCCAUCGAACACCUGCGGGACUCUUCCCUCCGUGGUACAUGUCACCGACGGCACCUGCUCCGAACGUGCAGUCGGAAGGAAAGACUGAACCGGAAACUCCACCCGUCGUCGUAUCCCUCCCUGCAUCUACACCGCUGUCGGUGCCGUCAGCUGCAGCGAGUGAGCAGCCUUUGGACUUGAGUGCCAAAGCCAAGGAAGAAGCAUCUGCACCCAGCGCCUCACCUGUGCCUCAGCCUUUGGGAUUGGCAACUCUGAGUUUGGACAGCAAGCAGAUAUUCAAGGCGAAACCAAGAAUGAGUGCAGUGGCAGGUCGAAGGACAUACACAGAAGAAGAGCUUCAGGCUGCUCUGAGAGAUAUCCAGAGUGGAAAAUUAGGAACUCGGCGUGCAGCUGUUAUUUAUGGUAUACCACGCUCCACACUUCGGAACAAAGUGUACAAGUUGGCUAUGGAGCGUGAACGUGACGCACACUUAGUGGUUCCUACAGUAGAGGAAAGAGACCUAUCUGGCGCUGAGGAUGAGAAGGAAGUUGAACGUGCUUUAAGUCGUCCUCUUCUUUCUGUUGAUGAUCUUCUGCGAUUAUCUGUGCUAGAUGGGGAUGCUCUUAGAGUUCUUCUGGAGGAAGUUUCUGCAGGACACAAUCGUGAAGCAAGUGAGUCAGCAUCUUCCCCAGUGUUCCCACAGUCUAGUGAACUUUGGCAUGGUCUAGAACAGAGUGCAUUGGGACCUUACAUCUCCCAGCUUCUGAUAGCUGGAAGUGCUCAAGAUCCUUGCCAUGCUGAAAGUGGAGGUACACUCCCAAAAUUUUCUUCCCCUCUUCUCCCCGAACUUGUCCGCCGCAUGAUGGCAGAAGAGCAGCAACAGCAGAUAAAGAAGCUAGGUAGUGCCAAUAGUUUGGAAGCAAAUACAAAUGUAACAUUGAAUGGUGCUUCAGGUGAUGAGAUACAGAAGUUAGGUGAUAGCGACAACAGUGCUGGGCCACCGAGAGUUCCAUCUGCAUCAUCUCAAACAGACCCUUUGAAAGCUACAACAAAAGUUGGGGAAGCAGACGAAUCAUCUGACACAGAUGCAACAGCUUCCACUUCUAGAGUUGCCACACCACCAAAUGUGAUACUGAGAAUUCCGUCCUUUAAACCAACUACGAAAAAUGGUGUGGCUACUCGAGGAAGUGGAAGUUUGCCUUCUAGUGAAAUUCCAUUCCAGACUGUUGGAGUUCCUGCAUUUCCUGGCCAGGAAUCUAGUCAUGUAUUGAACAGCAGCAGUAACAACAGUAAUGAGUCUUGUUCACCACCAGCAUCUAACCUUGUAGGAAAAGGGAUUGGGGUCAGUUUACGUGAUGUUAUAGCCAAAAGCAUUAGUCAGAAGUUUCAACCGACUGAUCUUCCAAUGUCACAAAAGCUCUUAUUAUCAGCAGAUGAGCCACCCCCAUUUAAGAGAGGUCGUUUUACUCCUCCAUUAAAUACAAAUAUCACAUCGUGCACUAUAAAACACAAUAACAAUAACAACACUAAUGUUGAUGAUAAAAACAAGACAUCCCCUGCAGGUGGAAAAGCUUCAUCAAAUUCUACUGGCAAAGGAACCCGGCCAAAACGUGGAAAAUACCGUAAUUAUGACCGUGAUAGUUUGGUGGAAGCUGUUAGAGCAGUGCAGAGGGGUGAAAUGAGUGUCCAUAGGGCAGGAUCAUAUUAUGGUGUUCCACAUUCAACAUUAGAAUACAAGGUCAAAGAGAGACAUUUGAUGAGACCUCGGAAGAGGGAGCCCAAGCAACAACAGUCUGAUGAAGUUAAAAGGAAAGAUGAAUCUGUAACUUCAAUUCCAAGGAGCACAGCAACGACCUCAUCAGCACUGGCAAAUGAUAAACUUAAAACUUUGCCUAAACCUCCCAAGACUGCCUUUAAUUCACCUGCUCCAUUACCUGGUGCACCAAAUGGUCUGAAAAUACCACCCUUGUUUGAUCCCAGUUUAUCUCUUGCUGCAUAUGCUAAUGUUACAACAGCCUUUCCAUUUUGGCCUGGUCCAUUUCAUGCCUUACCAGUUCCAGAUUUUGCCACUCCUGCUGGUAGCUUUCCUCCAAAUCCUGAACAUUUCUUUGCACCACAAAUGAUACACAGGCUACAAGAUGAAACUAGGACUGCACCACGAACAAGCCCGUCUUCAGUAGUUCCUCCUCUUGGGAAGACUGCACGAGAGAUGGCAGCAUCUUUGUAUGAUGGAACAGGAGCUAAUGGUAAUUUUCUUGAUGGUAUAAUUCGUUCAAGUCUUGAGAUGGGUUUGCCAUCAUCCUCACCCAAAGAAGGCAGUACAGGUGUGGGAAAUAGCGGAAAAAUGUCUAACAAAGCACUCAUUGACCAGCUUUGUCGUAACAGUUGUGUCACUCCUCUGCCCAAAGCUCCAACACCUUUUAGUAUAAAAGAUUGCAGUACCAGUGUAAAUAGCUCAGAUGAAGAACCUGUAAAGCAAGAAAGUGUCAUCCAGGACAAGCCCUUAGAAUCUGCUUCUCCUGCAGAGCCUGUAGUUUGUCUAUCAAAUUCAUCCAGUGGCCUGCCAGAACAUGACUGUAGAAUAGAUAGUGAACAUGUUACUUCAGUUUCAGAUGAAAAACAUAGCAAGGACAGUGUUUUGCCACUGUCAGGGGUGCACUGUGUGACACCAACUGAAGAUAGUUCUGAAUUAUUUACUAAAGAUUCAAGUGAAUUUCAUAAAGAACAUGUUCAUAAUCCAACUGAUGAAAGUGCCUGUGAUAGUAAAACUGUAAAAAUACUUGGUGAUAUUGAAGCUGCCAAAGACUUACUCCCUAAAGAAGAAGGCAAUGAGGAUUCAGAACAAACUGAGGAUACCAAAUCAAUGACGGUCAACUCAUAGAGAGACUGAUGCAUUUCUUAGCUACUAUUUCAUAACAUGUCAAAAAUUUAAUGUGAAUGCAAGAGAUUUUAUUAUGUAUAUUGUUAAGGUGUAUCUUAUUUUAAUCACCUUGCUGUACUGAUUUUGUAGGUGUUUAACACUAAUGAUACUGACUGUAUUUCUUCUUUAUUUUAGGAAAGCAAAAGAAUUCAAUUUUUAAAUAUGAGGUAUUUGCAAACUUAAUAUUAUCUGCCCUGAGUGUGUCACUGGCAUUUCAUAACAUUCUUUCUUCAACAUACUGAUGUGCGACUACUUUUCCUGCUACUGUGAGGUCGACAAUCCAAAUGUUGCCAAAGCUAAUGUGGAACACAUGCCCUUAUAUUUAUCAGAUUUCAUCAAUUAUUUGUCCUUCUUUUACAGUAGGUAGAGUUGGUAAUCUGAAUGUAACUUAUUUAAAAAUGUAGGUGUAUAAAUUUGUGGAGACUUUUUAAACAUAUAUAUAUAUAUAUUUUAAUAUAACCAAAAUGUUCUGGAGUUUUCCCAAGAUAUUUAUCAGAGCAAUUAAAAUUCAUUCCCAUUUGUCCAAAGAAUCUUCAAAGUCUCAUGUAACUAUUGUCAAAUUCUUUAUAUUUUUCAUUAUUUACACUGAAUGUUGGUUAGAAAAAAAUUAAUAUGCUAGUGUUAGUAAUGUCAGUGCAUUCAUACUUCCUUUUCUAUCAUCAUUGUUUUAUGUCACUCAGAAUUAUUUCAUAAUUCUGUCAUAUUUGUUGUCAUUUCGAUUUUCACAAUUCCAAGUGUCCCAUUAUUUUCAUAACAGCAAAUGUAAGAUUAUUGGUACAGUACAGACAUGUGAUGGUCAGUUCCCUUUUUAAUAUCUUUUUCCUCAAACGAAUGAAAUUAUAGUCAUAGUCUGGUGUGCUGGGUACUUAAAAUAUCACUUUCACUGUUGUAAAUUCUGUGAUGUGCUUUUGAGUCAUUUGUUCCAACAAUUUUUCUGUCAUUGCGUGCAUUGUCAUUUUGCUUAUAUCACUGUAUGUAACCAGUGUGUCUUCUGUCUGUGCUUAUACUGUUGAUAACAGAUGAUCCUGGUAUCUGUCUUAUCCUUCAGACAGGUGCUUUGAUGUUCAGAAAUUUAAAUAUUAAGGAAAAAUUUUUUAAAGAUGUCUUGGGGCUCUCCAAGAAUUUUACUUGUCUGUGAUGAAGCCAAAUUUUGAAUGUAUAUUUUCUCUAUCAAUAUCUUAUAUAUAUACUAGACUAGUUUAUAUAUUGAUAAAAGAAACUUGAAUUUUGUUUGAUAAUUGAAGUGCAAUUAGAGAUGGUAUGAACUUAUACACAUUGUACCAUACAUAUAUAUUUACAAUUUAUACAUGUUUGAGUAUAUGGCAUUAAAUUACAAAGUAAAUGGAGGCAGAAAUGAUGAAACAAAUGUGAGGGAUGUAAUCAGUGACAGUGUUAAGCAAUUGGAAUUCGACCACAGGUCAUUUCUUGUAUAACCAUUCUGCAUUAAUUAGUGGGAUAUUUGACACAGGAAAGUGGACAGUUGAUAAGAUUUUUUAAAUACAGGGUGAAAUCAUAAGUACACCAGUCACAUGUUUUGGAUACAUUAAGUAAACAUGAACUUCAUGUUGCAUUUACUUCGGGAACUGGGUAAAUGUAUUUCAUGUCCUUACAUAAGUUUGAGCAUAUACAUUGUUGUCAUCCAUCAGGAUGACAUAAUUGUGUUCUUGCUUUGCUUCCAAUUUUACUCUUUGCAGUCGGUGAAUGUCUGGCACAGUUACAGACAAACUUUUUCCAGUGUGUUUAAUAGUCUGAGUUUUUCCAUUUAGACAAUAUUUAUAUUUUCAGUGUGUAAAUGUUAGAGUUGUCAAUUCCUUUAAUGCCUAGCAUAGAGGAGCAUGUUGGUGACAGGACGCCAAGUCCUUAGUCCAGAUCUGUAACCACAUUUUUGGGGAAUGAUUUUCAGUAGUCUUACAUUCCAUAGGAAAAAAAAAAAAAAAUUACUUCGCAAGCUUUUAUUGGAGAAUCAGAAUGCGUACAUUCCAGCCGAACAUGUACCAGAAAAUUUUCCCCUAAAUUGAAUGUGAUGUGAUCUCAAACCAGUAAUGAAGAAAAAGUGCCGUGAAGAUAAAAAGAGACAGUUAAAUGAAUUUUCAUCAGCAUGAUGUUCUGUAUGUUUCAAAGUAAUAAUAUAUCAGAUGGAAGCUGAGCUUCCCAUUAAGCUUUAUUAUAGUAAAUGAAUAUUAUAAAUAUGCUGAUGAGCAUUCUAGAGAUGUUCCAGAUGAUUUUUUUAAUGUAUGUGUAUAUGUGUAAGGUGAACUUAUUCUCGCUGUAAUUUUGUGUGAAUGAUUAAAAGAGAAAGUGAAGUUGCAGCCUAUAGUGCAAUGCCAAGAACUGUUUAAGUUUGAUUUUGUUAUACACAAAUAUAUAUAAAUAUAUAUAUAUAUACAUAUAAUUUUUCAUGAAUAUGGUGUACAGAAAUUUUUCUUUUUAACUUUUUGUGUUGCUAUUGUGAUAUUUUUCCCAAAAAUAUAUUUAGAAUUUAAAUGAAUGACACAAAAAAUGUUUGCGUGAAACAUUAAUAUAUUUUAUUAUCAUAAUAUACACAAACAAAAGUUGUCAAAAGUUAUUAUUUAAGAAGAAGAAAUUAUUUUUACCAUUUUGUGUGAUGUGCAGACGUAAAUUUUUGUUUACUCACUGAAAUUCUUUCUGUAACUUAAAUAAAGUCAGAAAAUUUUGGAACGCAUUAAGUACAGUGGUAGGAGUUCAACAGCAGCUAUGACAUACCUGCGGUCUGCUGAUGUAUUUGUUUUAACUGAAGAAGAAAAGUAAUCAUUGUAGAAAAAUUGUGUACGGCUGUGAUAUAUAGAAAUAUAUUUGUGGAAUAUUUUGGAAUAUUUUCCAUAUGUACAUUCCAAGUACACUGAAAUUGAUACAUGGUAGUUGUAAUACUGGCAGUCUUCUCGAGAGAAUGUUUCAGUGACACUCCCCCUCGCAGAAUGAUUAUGUGUAUGAAAAAACCAAACAGAAAGCACUUCAUUGUUAAUGCCUCCCCUAGAAUUCAUGUUAGUUAUUUUAAAAUUGCAUUGUCUUUGUUUUGUUUAACUCUGUACAAAUUUUUACAAAUGGUGCAAACACUAUGUUGUUAAGUAAAGUUAUCAAUGCAUGGAAUCAUGUAUCUGUUCAACACUGAGGUUCAAUAGGUAUUUAAUACAUUUAUGGCACUUUUAAGCAAUCUGUUAACAUGCUAAAGGUCUGCUCCCCACAUACUCAGUGCUGCUACCUGACUCUGUGAAGUUAGCAUGCACCAGAAUACUCUAUAUAAAUUUAAUGGUUAUACAUAUGUAGUUUCUGUAAACUGUGACUGAUUUUUAUACAUGCCUUUCCCUUACUUGCUGUGAGGAUAAAAUGCUUGUAUUUCACUUAUGUAUCAUACAGUAGACAGGUAAUACCACAGGAAAGCAACUGUUCACUUUGUAGUUUUACUACCUGAGUUCACCAUAUUCAGCUGUAUAUAUGUACAUUCAUAUUGUCUGCAUUUAACUAAGCAUCCAUUAUUGUGUGCUGUAUGUGUUUGUGACAUUUUUCCUGUUAUGGUAAUGGACAUACAAUGUGUUGUCUUGAAUGACAAUGCUUACACAUUUGUUGAAUUUUGUACAGAGAAUUACUGUAAUAUCCAGAACAGCAGCUCCAACAGUACCACAAAUUUCCAUAUGAUCACGUGUCAUUUUACUACUGCUAUUAUUGUAAUAUUUUAUUAGUAUGUACACAGAUAUUACUACAGUUUACAGUAAGAGUAUGUAAGCAAUUAGCUGCUGUUGGGACUAGUUCUGUUUUAAUGUUAGAUUUUAAGAACUGUUUGCUCUCAUAUGUUAUUUCCACACACACACACACACACACACACACACACACACACACACACACACACACACAAAAUUAUAUUUUUAUUUCAACAGUUAUGAACAUUAUUUACCAAUCAGCAACAUUCAAAACCUGGUACCUAAGCAAAUGUAUCAAUAUUGCAUUAAAAUCAAGUCAUACAUGUACUGAGUGCAACAUUACAUUAUGUACAAGAAACAUUAUUUUACGAAAAGUACAACAGCCACAUAUUUGCAUCUUAUGGUUUAAAAACUGUUUUUAAACUUCCUUCUGCUAUUCUUUGGAGAUGUUUUAUGUAAUUCAUGUGCAUUUAAUUAUAGUUAUUUCACUUACAUAUGAUUAGUUCAAAGUGAACAAAAUCAAAUAAAUGUUAUCAGUGCACACAUUUGUUGCACAUAAACUUUCAGUACAAUUACCCAUCUGAUAUUUUAUGAUGCUGUGCAAAUUAACUGUGUUGUUUGUAUACUAUUCCAAUCUUUUGAGAAAAAGUUAGGCUUUACAUUCUCAUGAAUACUCAAACUGUCCUCUCAUACUGAAAUGGUGGAUUAAAGCAAUGAUAAACAAGGGUUAUUAGAACACAAGUUUUCACAUAAAAGAAAUAUUUAAAUCAAAAUUCCACCUUACAGUCGUCCAGCAGAAAGAAAAGGAAAAGAAAAGUAUGACUGUUACCUGUGGCUCUAUUGCCUAUACACGUGUGAAAGGUGUCAUUAACAGACAGUGGUUGCAUCACAUUCAAAAUAUAGUACUUGUUAAUUAAUAUGUGUAAGUAUUAUGUUCAUUCACUGGCUAGUUGUAUGUUGUACAGAAAAAAUUUAAAUGAUUUUUAAUUCAAAAUACAUGUUCAUUCACUAUCAGUAAAUGUUACAGAGUUUCACUGAACACAGUAGUUGAUGUUUUUUUAUGUUAUUCUAUUUUGGAAAAAGAAAACUUCACUCUCAAAUGAGCACAAACAAUCACACCAAAUUAUUUAUUCAUUAAAUCUGUGCAUACUAGCAGCAAGCCAUCAAAUUAAUGAAAAAUUUUUAGUGCUGCUUAAAUUUAGAAUGUGAUAACUACAGGAAACCUCUAGAUGAAGAGAAGUGAAGUGUCAAUGAUCACAAACUGAUUGUUGUAAUUACACACUUAUUAAAACACUACCUGUGUUGAAUACUUGAUACAGUGUAAAAGUGGAAGGCACCAACAGUGCUUAUAAUACAGUAGUGUAUGGAAUGCAAUACAAACAAAGCACUGUUGCUUGUCUAUGACAAAGAGAUCUGGAAAACGUACAGUAAAUUUGAGUAUACAAAUAUUUUCCUUUAUAAAAAUAUUUGUUAGAAAGCAAAUUCCCUUUACUUUGCAAUUUUAAAUUAAGACCUCUGGUGAAAGCAAAAAGAUGAAGAAUUUGAUGUAAUUAACAUUCUACUGUAACUUGAUACAUGAGCAUUAUCCUGAUGUAAAAAUUACUGUAAAGCAGUGUUUUGCAAAUGAAAGUAAGGCUGUGUGUAAAGAGUUUUAUUUUGGGAAGGGUUCAUACUUAUUAUGUAGCUGAACAUUCAGAUGCAGGUCUUGCAUUUUUGAGGUAUUGAUAGUGUAAAACAUUGAGCAGGGACUUUUCUUUGGAUGUCUAGUCACAAUUUUCUCCAGACAGCUCAGCACAUUUACUGAGGAGGAGGGUUACGGAGUCAUCACUCUACAGAAUUAAUGAGAUUUAAAUCCCUCUUGCUUACAUUAUCUGCAAGUUAAAUAUCUGCGUGAUUCCAUCGUGCAACUUCACUGAAUGUACAGUAAUGCCAUACAUACCUAACUUGUUUCAGCCCCAGAAAUAGAUGACAAUAUUUCAUGAUUAAUCUGACUGUUGUGUUAUGGCAAACUGAAAUAUACUCAUUCACAAAAAAAAAAAAAAAAAAAAAAAAAAAAAUCAGGAUGAUACAUGUAAUAAUAAAAAUAACCCUGCACAUUGUUCACCAUAGACAUUAUUCUCAAUAUGUCUCAAGUUUUGUUGCUUUUUCUUCCUCCUGUGUCUUUCUGUAUGUUUUCAAUUACAAUGCUGUUCCACAUUUGCAGGAUGAUGAUCUUUGCAGCUUACAGUACUCUUAAUGUAAAACUCAUACAAAACCCCAAUCAUUUUCCAUUACUCUAUAUGACCUCUUAAAAUUAUCAGUGAUACAUAGUGCUGGUCAAAUUGUUGUACUUCCUCCAAAAUUCAUAUUGGUAGUGACUGUUCUGUGAAUGUGCAGUAACAAUGCAUUUGUCAUCCUUACAAUAUUAAGUCUUACAAGAUUUGACUGAGGUUAUGUAAGCUAAUCGAUGUAUUAUGUCACAACUUCUGCCAUGUGAAUCUUUCGAGACAAGCUGAAUACAGUUCUAUGGGGGAAAGAAAUAUGGUGUACAUUCCCAAUGUCAUCUUAGACUCAACGAAUAAUUUUAAAAGUAUCUGAUAGAAUGAACAGUGCACAUCUUCCAUUGCCUAUACUCUCUUUUAUCAUUGCCUUUAAUUCAAAGUUCAUGUAUUUUGAGGACCUAUGACAAACUAACAACACAGUUAAAAAAGGUGAAGAAAACAUUAAACAAGACAAGUAUGUGGCAUCUGUAUAAUUUUACAUAGAAAUGUAAUAAAACACUUUAAGCACAUUUGUUUUCAACAUAAAAGUUGAAAAUUAUAGGCCAUAACGUAAAGUGAAACAAAACUGCUCUUUAAACUUAUUCUUGUGGUAAAUGCAUCUCUCUUAGGGAAAAAUGUGAAUCUGGUUUCUAUAAUCCAGAGUAAGCAUGAUCUCUCUCUCUCUCUCUCUACACAUUGAAACUUACAUAAAACUUAUGUGAUUUUUAACAUAAAACAAAAGAUUAUGUGUCACAUGUUUCUGGCUCUGUUUUCGUGAUUGAUUUAUCACAUAGGCCCUAAUUACAUUGCUGCCAAUAACUGUAAUGAUAGAUGUAUUGCACUGUUUUCAGAUUCAGUGAUAAGAAUCAGUUGUUUCUUGAAAAAGAAAAAUGUAAGAGAUAUUAUUGACAUGCCAUGACAUGACAUUUUAAUGUGAAAGAUAUUUCAAACUAUUUUAAGACUGAUUGUUAUGCCAGUAAUUCUUUUUUGUGGUGUGCUAUGUUACGGAUGGACUUUUUUAUUACAGUUUUCUGUGUUUCAGUUCUGCUUGGUAAAACUUACACUGUGUUACCUGAGCAGUAGAAAUUAUGUGUACCUGUACACAGCUUAGCUUUUGAUGACUGGUAAAUUCCCUUAAUUGCAUUUGUUUUUUGAACUGUUAUAGAAAAAUUGCAACAAAGUCUGUGUUAUCUGUCUUUCCUCCAAAGUAAAUGUUUCCAUUAUGGGACCAAAAAAUUAAGACGUGAAUUAUAUAAUGUUAUUACUACAUGUUGCAGCUUAAUUUAAACAGUACUCACAGUGAACAUACACAUUUCCUGAUUUUUGUAGAUCAUAACUUAACACUUUCCAAUAAUGUAACUUCUAUCUGUUUCACAUUUUGCUAUUAGUGUGUCAAGAAUCCGUAUUUGACAAUAUGUCUCACUUGCAGAUGGUGUUUCCAUACUGCUUUCUAUGUGUGCACAGUAUUCUCAAUAUGCAUUUCCUACAUUUUGUUUACUUUUUUACCAACUGAUCUGAAAGUAAUGAUUCAACUGAUUUUUAUGAGCAAAAUAAGUGGUAAAGUGUAUUUGGUGUGAUGUAGAGAGGUUACUAGGUUGUUCUGCUUGCCUUGUGAAAUCUAUAUAAAUAUUUGUCAAAUAAAUAUUGAACUUCAUUUAUGCCAAGUGUUUGUCAUAAGAAAUGAUAAGUUGCCAUUCAUUGGUGUUACAGAAGACCAAAAAUGCUGUUUGGAUAAUGUCAGUGGGAAGUGUUAUUUUCAGAGACUAAAACAUAUUGUAUAUUUAUAUUGCAAAUUUGGAGUAAACCAGUAUUUAUUACUGUCAA